AUGUCUGUCCAAUCGUUGACUUACGAGUCGAUAUUUGAGUCGUUUGUCCGCCAAAAGUCAUUUAAAUGCCAUUACGACGGAUGCGACAAAGGGUUCGCCACUCAAAGCAGAUUGGAUUUGCAUAUAAGCAAAAGACAUGCCAUCGAUGGCAGCGCACAGUCCGGGAAACCGAUCGGCAGAUCAUCUCAUGUCAAACACCAGUCAUUGAGUGCAGCACUCGAUGGUAUACAACAGAUACCAAUCAUCAGUACUGCUGACACUUCACCGCCGCUGAUAAUAACCACAACCACUACUACUUCCAGUGCUGACCGACAAUCGGUGGACAUUAAGUACAAUAAUUCUUCAGCCGAUAUCAGAGGCCAACCGUUGACGCCAUCACUUGAUGUCAUUUAUCAGACAUCAAACGCGACAACAGUUGUGCCAUCACUGCCACAAACAGUGACCACUUCCAGCGCCGACAGCCAAUUGGUGGACAUUAUUAUCGAUAACAACUUUUUAAUUCAAUACUCAAGUGAUUCGGACUCUGAUAUCGAACUCAUUGGUAGAGUUCCGGCGCCCAAACGGCCCGCACGUAACCGAUCGCCCGUUGAUAUCAAGCCAUCGCUCAUAGACUCCAUACCUCUGGUGCCGGAAAUACCCAAACGGCCCGCACGUAACCGAUUGCCCGUUGAUAUCAAGCCAUCGCUCAUAGACUCCAUACCUCUGGUGCCGGAAAUAGUCAACAAAGCGCCCGAAGCGGUCAUAACGUUGACGAGCGCUGGCGAUGAGCUAAUCCGUGACAUCGCGCCCGGCAUACGGGUAGUCAAGAAGCGUAAAGCGCUCGUAGAUCCCCGACUGGCCGCUAAAACUACCAGAACAACUGCACCCGAUCUGAUCCCAUGCUCAUACAUGGGCUGCCGCCAGACAUUUAACACCCAAUCAUUACUGUCGACACAUAUGCAGUCCGUCCACUCAUGGGGGCAGUUGUCGGCCGAUCAGCGCUUUCCGUGCGAUAAAUGUCACCUCAAGUAUAGCACAGAACUCGCGCUUCACAACCAUCAAGCGUUGGCGCACCCGAAGCCCACGCCCACCACCACUGAGAAACCCUCACCAGAGCUGAUCCCGUGUCCAUACAUUGCCUGUCGGCAGACAUUCACAUCGCAAUCAUUACUGUCCACUCAUUUACAGUCCGUCCACUCGAACGAGCGGUUGUCGGUCGUGCGGUGCCAUAUAUGCCAACUCAAGUACACGAAACUACUGGCCCUCAACCGGCACCAGGCGUUGGCGCACCCGAAGUCGGGGCCGCCGCCGGUGUCUACCCCUGUGCCCAACCCUAAGCCCAGUUGGAAGCGGAAUGAUAGGCACCACUGCCCGUACGCCGGCUGUUACAUGAAAUAUCACACCUCGUUAUUACUGUUUGGUCACAUGCAGCUCAUCCACUCGUACGGCACUGUCAACGAGUGGUCGGCCGGUGAGCCCUCAUAUGACACUUAUCUGUGCGAUAAAUGCCAUCUCAAGUACAGGACUCAACUGCACGUUCGCCUACACCAGGCGUUGGCCCACCCGAUGCCACCCGAGCUCAAUGUGGCCGACAAUAAUAACAGUGGCUUCACGUGCGACACAUGUCAUCUGCAUCUCACUAGGAUUGUGCCGUUUAUGGCCCACGUGUGCACAGAGCACCCACCGGUGCCGACACCGGGCCGACACAUACGCUGUGACGGGUGCGGCGAUUUUGAGCGCAAAAAGAAGCGCAACCAAUCAAAAGCGUUUAUUUCUCAAAAACAGAUGUCAACAUGGAAAUUUCUUACCGAUAUUGAUAUCGGUAAAAUUCUGGCCUACAAAGACCAGGUACCCGAAGAGUCCAGCAAAUCAUCAAAUCAUCGCCGCAUUUAA